AAUUAUAAAAAAUAAAAUACAGUUUAAAAAAAACACAUAAAAGGUAUAAUAGUCCGUAGUGCAAUCCGUGCUAUUCAGCAAUAGCACUGCUCCACUUCACCGAAAGAGAGAGGUAUAACCACCAUGAGAGCAACGCAGGUUUACCUUCAGUUUCGUUUCAAAUUAAUUCGUUUUGGCUUGUUUAGCUACAUGGUUGUAUAGGCCUAUGGGUCACGUAAAUAAAAAGGGUCGCGCUAAAAAAAAGUUUAAAAAACGGUGUAUACCAACUGCAACGCAAUAGGUUACGAUCAGAUCGAUGGCUACAUCGCUUCGGAUUUCAGCCAUGGAAUCAGGGCCAAUUGAAGUAGCAGCCCUAGGAAGACCUCUCUAUCCUGGAAUGCUUUAUGACUGCCGCAUGGAUUCCUUCAUUCCAGGUGUUACUCUGUGGAAUAAGAAAUCCUUGAUUGAAGAUUUGGACACACGUCCGCAGCUCCUGACAGAUUUGAAGUUCAGUAGCUCUGAUUCUCUCUCUAGUAAGUCUAAUCUCCUGGAUGUAAGUGCUUCCCUGAAAGCCAGCUUCAUGGGGGGGCUGGUGGAGGUGGGAGGAUCUGCCAAGUAUCUGCAUGACACCAAAUCCUCAAAUCAGCAGUCCAGAGUAACAAUGUAUUACAAAGAAACCUCCAAAUUCGAACAGCUCACUAUGACCCAGCUGGGCCAGAUCACCUACCCUCAGGUAUUUGACCAGAAAACAGCAACUCAUGUGGUCACGGCUGUGCUGUACGGAGCUCAGGCCUUCAUGGUGUUUGAUCGGACAUUUUCCAAGGACCAAAACAAGCAGGAGAUUGAGGGAGAACUGAAUGUCAUGGUCAAGAAGAUCCCUGCAUUUUCAAUUGAAGGAAAAGGAGAUGUACAAAUGACAGAGGAUGAAAAGAAAAGGGCUAACAAUAUUAGCUGUACAUUUCAUGGUGACUUCCAUCUUGAGCAGAACCCCACCACAUACAUGGAAGCCCUGAAUUUGUUCAAGCAGCUCCCCACUCUGCUAAAGAAUAAUAAGCAGAAUGGGGUUCCCAUAAAAGUCUGGCUGUAUCCUCUUCAUUUAUUGGAUAACAAAGCAGCUCAGUUGAGGAGAGAAAUCCACACAAGUUUGGUUUCCAUCACUGAAGAUAUAAUUGAGAGCCUGGGAGAAGCAGAGAGGACAUGCAAAGACCUGUCCAGAAGUGCAAUGGAAAAUUCUUUCAGUGAUAUCAAAGAGAGGCUGCGCUCAUUUCAGGGCUCAUUUAACACUUACAAGAUAAUGUUCAUGAAAGCAGUGGCAAAGGUCUUGCCUGGCAUUCGAGAAGGACAGAUGGAGGAGAAAUCACUGGAAGACAUACUGGAGAUCCACAGCCGCUCCCCAUUUAAUGCUGGCAUGCUUAACCAGUGGUUAGAUGAUGCAAAGUCUGAACUUCACCUCUUGAGUUUUCAAAUCAAGAAGCUGAAGGGGAUCACAAUUGAAGACUCAGACGGCCUCAACUCCAUCCUCCUUGAUCCUGAUAUUGAUGAUGUGGUGUGCUUGACUUUCACAUCUCUAAAGUAUGAAGACCCGUAUCUUUUAACCCUUAAAGAGUUCGUGAAUUCUGUCAAGUUUCAAGAGCAAGAUGGGAGGGGGGAAAUGUUUUCUAUGGCACCUUUUAAAAAAUGGUUCAAUGAUCGUGAUAUCAUAGUAAAGAUGAGAGAGAACACAUGUCGUUUCAGGCAUUUGUCAGAGAGCAAUACAGAUGCAAAGAGAAUCUGCUUCAUUAUUUCUGCCAUUUCCGAUCCCUCCAGUCAAGGCUCCUCCAUCUAUCUUUAUGAAAAAGGGAAACUGACAUGCACACAGUUAAAGUUCAUGUCACUGCCCCCGCCGAUAGUGAAGGAUGUCUUGGACAAAUCCGUGUCCCUGAAACUGUGGAAGUCCCCACAUGGAGAAAUAGUGCAGUACAGAGUGGAGUACAAGGAGGUAAAAGCAGAUUCUGGAGCUGAGGAACAGUGGCUUGUCAAAAACACAGCUUAUGAAGACUACACUCUGACUGGAUUGGAGCCUGGAAAGCAGUACUUGAUCCGCUACAGGACAGUGCAUAGAAUGGGAAUGAGUCAAGCCAGUGAUACUGUCAACAUUGUAUCUUCUUCAGUUCCUUUCUCAGCAAAACCUGUGAUUGUGGGUGGGAGAGGAGGAGGUGAAUUCUUCUUUAAUACUCCUUCCAGCAGCACUGUUGAGAGGAUUAUCUUUACUUACAAUCAAGAAACACUGAGAACAGUCCAGGUGACCUUCAAAGGUGGCCACAAGAUUGAAGUUGGCAAUCUAAAAGGAACUUCCCAGCAUGAAUUUCUAUUUGACGACAGUGAUAAAAUUGUCGCUGCAACACUGUGGCCAAAUAAGAAUCAGAACAGAUGUGGAGGUUUGGAAUUUGUGGUUGCUAAAAGCAAUGGUAAGAGAACAACAUUAUCUGUCAAGUGUCCACAUCUGGGUACGCCUGUCAAGGUUGAUGUGAAGUCUGGAAAGUGUUAUGGCAUUGCGGGGAGAAGCGGAGAUGAAAUUGAUGCUCUGGGCUUCUACUUCAUUUAGCCUCCAUCUAUACAUAUCUGUUGCUAACAGUAUUCGAAUAUCUGAGCAUCUAACAUCUAAACAGCCAAUCAUAUAUGCAUGUAUAAGUUAGUAUACUGUGGUAGAAAAAAAAAAAAAAAAAAACAUAAAAGAAAUAAAAAAUAAAAUAAAAAAUGAUGUGAAAUGAGGGAAGUUGAAUGUUGUAAUAAGGGUGAGUAUAGACUCAGAAAAGUCUUUGGAAAGACAGAAACUUAAUGAUUAUUUUUGUCAAGUGUGAUUUCUGCUUCAAUGAAAUAUGAAUGUGUUUGCUGCAGUAAAUAUCUCAAGAUGCCCUGAAUAUUCUGGGAAGGGUCACAAAGGUUAUGAGAAGAUUUGAAAAUAGUAAAAGACAUAUAGCAAGGAAGAUUUUAAACAGAUAUGCCACUUAUGUAUUUUUGUACACCAUGUUAUCACGUAAUCUAGACUUUAGAAUGCUUAAUCCUGUGAAAGACAAUUUAUUUGCAUUGCAUUUUGCAUUAAUUUUGCAUUGCUGAAUGUAACCAGUCAGAGAUUGUAUUGUGUAAAUUUAUUAACCCUUGCAUCAUUUACAAAGUAUAAAUAUGUAUGUAUUCUUUUGUUCGGCGAGUCUCUCUUAGUAAAUGAAACUAGAGAACUCCCGGCCACUAAAUAAACUUUUGUUCCUGCAAAGA